GCAGACGACAGUAGCCUAGUAACCGUACUUUUCUAUAUCUUAUUGAAAAAUUACUUUAUAUGAUUUCUUUAUAUUCUAUUACUAUUAUUUUCAAUGAGUGGAAUAAAUGAAGAUUUGGUCGAUGAACGAGUUCCGAGAACAUGGUUUUGGACAGUUGAAGAAGUCUGUAAGUGGGUGAAAGACGAAGCUGGAUUUCCGCAGUAUGUCGAUUGCUUCGAAAAAAAUAACAUUGAUGGAAGGAAACUGGUGCAUAUGACUUCUGCAAAUCUACCAAAAAUAGGAGUUUAUGAUUGGAAAGAUGUAAAGGAAUUGGCCAGAGGUAUAAGAAUGCUCUUGACAGUUCACGUAGAAGAUUGGUUUAGAAGUAUAUCACUAGCCCCAAGGGAAAGUUUAGGUAACAGUUUAUUAUAGAUCUAAAUACUAAAAAAGGAAAGAGAUAAGAAGAAGAAUGGAUAGUGUAUUUUCUAAUGUUUUCUUUAUAUUUAUUAUCAUUCUAGCUUUAUAUUUGGAGAAAAAGUCGAGAACUGGAGAAAUUCUAGAUGAUACAUGCCUUGAAAAAUUUAUGGAAAAAUUUGAUGAAACAAAAUGGCAGCCACCAUUGGCAAACAUGACCAUGAUAAUGCCUGAAUAAACAAGAUAGCUUUCAUUAAAUUUAAUAAAAUUUAAAAGGAUUUGUGUUAUAGAUUCUGAAAAAUUGAAUAUAAUCAAACUUCGGCCCAUGAUUUCGUAUGCAUUAUAUACAGUAUACAAUAUGCAC